AUGUCCGCUGCUCCUGCCUCCGCCGACCAGGACUACAAGUCUACCCUCCUGCCGCUGCUGAUCUCCAACAAUGUCCUUUCUUUCGGUACUUACGUACUGAAGUCUGGUCGCGAAUCGCCUUACUUCUUCACCUCCUCGCUCCUGCACACUGCGCCUCUCCUGCGCGCCACUUCUGCCGCUUACGCGAGCGUCCUCUCUGCUGAGCCUUUCGUGACCACCGCCGCCGACGGCACCACCAAGCCCAACUUCGAUAUCAUCUUCGGCCCCGCCUACAAGGGAAUCCCCAUCUGUGCUGCCGUCACCAACGAGCUCGCUGUCCGUGACUCGCUCUCCGGCUCGCCCAAGGGUACUUGGGACAACGUCAGUUACUCCUUCAACCGCAAGGAGGCUAAGGCACACGGCGAGGGUGGAAACAUUGUCGGUGCUCCCCUCAAGGGCAAGCGAAUUGUUAUCGUCGACGACGUGAUCACUGCCGGUACUGCGCUGCGCGAGGCCGUCGGCAUCAUUGAAAAGGAGGGUGGUAUUGUCGCCGGUGUCGUUGUCCUCCUCGACCGUGAGGAGCGGGUCAGCGACUCUGAGCCCAAGAGCGCUAUCGGAGUUGCCCAGCGGGACCUCGGCGGCAACAUCCCCAUUCGCUCGGUCAUUGGUCUGCACGACUUGAUCGAGAAGCUGGGCGACAAGAUUGGCGCUGCUGAAAUCCAGCGGCUGAAGGACUACCGGGCUCGCUACGGUGCCGAGUAA